CCUAAUCUGAUCUUACGACGAACUCGCGAUUGGCGAGCGCGCCAGGGACUUGAUACGUCUUGGUGGGCUGCGAUAGGAGGCGAGCCGCGCAAUGCUGAGACAUGAAACGUCGCGGAGACGCUUGGGGGUCGCAGAAUCUAACCAUCCGAUCUUUGACAUUUAGAAUUUAUUUUUAAUAUUCUCUUCUGAAAUAAACCAAUUCGUUUUAUUUUUACUUGUUUAUCCAUUUUUCUAUUCAUUCAUUUCGUAGUCUAUCGGGCUUUUCUUUUUUUCAUUCUUUUCUUCUCGGGCCGGCAUCCCGUAUUUUUGUUCGGUUUUAAUACGUCUCACUUGCGAGCCGGGCAGCAGGACUGUAUAGAGGAUUUCAUUAGAAAAAGGGUUAAGAUUCGGCGAAGAUGAAGGACCAUCGGAACCCUAAGGACUUAUAUCGCAAGCUUAGCAUGGCUCGUGAUGAGGAUCGCGACGACUCGAGUAGCACGGACGUUGAUCUGGAGGCGCUUGACUUAAACGAGAAAGACUAUAUGCACGAAACAGGAACAUCACGGACAGGAUCGAGCGAGAAGAGCGCGUUUCUCGCUGUCCUUAAGGAGCAAAGAUGGUUAAUUGACACAUUCCUAUUAGUGGUCAUUGUGCUGUUGCUUCUAGGGGGUGAUUUCAGGCGGCACGGAAGAGAACACUUCUUCGAGGGAGGCGGCGAUUUGACGGGGUUCGCGCCGGAGUUUGGACAGAAGAUCACGACGUUCUCUCCGGAUCCGUCCUUCGUGCCGGAAAACACCUCUGAAUUCUUCUCGGAAGAGACUCGGAAGAAGUGGUUAAGUCUAGUGCCGAAGGGUCUCGGCUACCUUGAAAUCAAGGAUCCGCAAGAAUACGAUAAUCUACCGACGCAGUUGGACUCGUACCCGGAUCGGUUCGUCGUCACAUCAUCCAUGACGCACCAACUUCAUUGUCUGUAUGCCAUUGCCGAGGCCUAUUCGGCACUCACGUCAGACACGAGCCGAGUGCCCAAGGAGACGCCGUGGCACUUGACUCAUUGCUUUGACUACUUGCGACAGAGCAUCAUGUGCUGUGGAGACGUCGCAUUGGAAGGCGAGCAAACCACCUUCCCCGAGGGCUUCGACGGUAGCGAUGGAUGGGAUGCGAAGCACGUGUGCAAGAAUUAUGGCGAAGUAUAUGAUUAUCUCGAGAAGAAUCGAGCCGAUGACAAAGUUUGGAUAUAGAUUCAAUACGAGCGAAAUGAAGGGUCCUCGACGGUCAUAUGCCAUGGUGUUUAAAUGAAUUGGAUUCUGCACCCUAGAACUUAUCUUGCUUUCCACGAGUCUCGUGACGUCAUACGCUCGUGCCAGGCUUUCACGUUGGAAAAGCCGUUGAACUUUUCUGACGCCGGUAGGCCCAAUACGGCAUCCACCCUCUCGUUCCACGGAACAAAGGCCAUGUCGGCGUAGGUCAUCUUGUCACCUACGAGCCACUGCUUACCCUCAAGCCAGCCGUCUAAGACCCCGAGAACACGAGUGACUUGAUUAGCAUAUCGCUCGAUAGCCGAAGGGAACUUUUCGGGAUGGUUGUUUCUGAACC